AUCUUUACAAAAUAAACUAACAACAAUUUGGAUACAAUUUAUUUGAAUACUUUACAAUCGGUUUCUUGUAAAAUGAACAUUUUUCGGAAAAUAGGCUGUAGCGCAAAAAGUUUGCGUGAAACUAUAGUGCAUCGGCAACUAUCGCAAAAUUGCAUCCAGAUAAGUGAAGAAGUGAGAUACGCUUUAGAGAAUAAACUUCCAGUAGUGGCAUUGGAGUCCACGAUUAUUACACAUGGAAUGUCGUUUCCUCAAAAUAAAGAAUGCGCUUUAGAGGUGGAGAAUGUUGUCAGGCAACAGGGCGCUUCACCAGCAACGAUAGCCAUAAUAGGUGGUAAAAUUAAAGUUGGAUUGACAGAACGUGAAAUAAAUUAUCUUAGUGACACUGAAUCUAGUGAACCUAUCAAAAUUUCAAGGAGAGAUUUGUCAUAUGCAUUAAGUCAUAAGAGAAAUGGAGGAACCACUGUUGCUGGAACUCUUCUCGUAGCUGAUAAAUUGGAUAUUCCCAUUUUUGCAACAGGAGGUGUCGGAGGCGUUCACCGAGAAGCUGAAAAAACUUUGGAUGUUUCGGCUGAUUUAAUAGAAUUAGGAAAAUCCAGUGUAGCAGUAAUAUCUAGUGGAGUGAAAUCAAUUUUGGAUAUAUCAAAAACAUUAGAAUUCUUGGAAACCCAAGGGGUGUUUGUCGCUACUUUUGGUUCAUCCAAUGAUUUUCCGGCUUUUUAUUCUAGAAAAAGCGGUUUAAAGGUACCUUAUUUCGUCGAAAAUUCAGAGGAGGCGGCUAAAGUUAUCAAAAUCAACAGAGAUUUGGGAAUAAAAUCUGGUAUGCUUUUUGGAGUACCUGUACCCGAAGAGUUUGCUUUAGAUCCAGAAAUUAUGAACGACGUUAUUGAACAAGCCCUUGAGGAGGCAAAACAAAAAAAUAUUCAAGGAAAAUCAAUAACUCCAUUCUUGUUAUCAAAAAUUUCUGAUAUUACGGGAGGAAAAUCUCUUAAAAGCAAUAUUGCUCUAAUUAAAAAUAAUGCCAAAGUAGCAGCUAAGAUUGCCGUGUCUUUAGCGAAGCUGGACAGUUUGAAACACGAUGAAACAUCUUCCACCGAGACUGAUAACAUCUAUAGAAGACCUAUUAUUAUUGGUGGAUCUAACAUGGAUUGUAGUGCAACUCUCGAUACAGAAGAAAUCAAGUUAGAUGGAAAAAUGUACCAAACGCAAUUUAUGUAUACCGCUGGAGGAGUUGGUAGAAACAUUUGCGAAGCUAUGUUCAAACUAGACUGUCCUCCAAAUUUUUUAACUAUGGUUGGGGAUGAUUUCCAUGGGAUUCAGAUAAAGGCAUCUAUUCCUAUAGAAUGUAGUCGUUUUGUGAACGUGAAUAAAACCAAAGGAACUGCUAAUUGUAUAAUAGUUUUCGAUAAAGCAGGUGACUGUAAAGUGCUGAUGGGAGAUAUGGCGAUACACAAAGAAAUCACUCCUGAGUUGAUUCUCAAACAAGAACCAACCAUAAAACGAGCGCCAUUAGUUAUAAUGGAUGGCAAUUUAAGUUUUGAAACAAUGGAAGAAAUAUUGAGAAUUGCUGAAACACAAAACAUACCUGUUUUUUACGAACCGACAGAUGUUGCAGUAGCAAGGAAACCAUUCAAAUCUAAACAUGCAAAAGCUAUAAAAUUUGUAACACCUAACCUAAAUGAACUUUAUGAAAUCGCAGAUUCAUUAAAUAUUAAACAUAAAAAACCUUCAAUACUGAAAGACAUCGCUUUAUUGUCUCAAGAAGUAGUGAAUUACGUGGACAAUGUUAUAAUAACUAUGGGUUCGCAAGGAAUUUUGAUAGCAAGAAAAGGAUUGGCGUCGGAUUCAUUUCUACAGAGAUCAACAAGUUUUACAUUUUCGGCAAGAUAUUAUCCAACUACAUCAAUAACUAAUUUAAUCAAUGUAAGUGGCGCUGGGGACUGUUUCGCAAGUGGUUUUAUUGCAUCAUUGGUAUCCAAUAAAUCUGAAGAAAUUAGUAUUUCUGUGGGAUUUGCUGCAGCAAAAUUGGCUCUAUUUAGCCAGGCAGCGGUUCCAAAGUAUUUAUUUGAUAAUACACAUAUGAGUUGGAGUACUCCAGCUAGUUAUGUUACUGUUAUUUAAUAAAAUUACUAAAUUUCAA